AUAAUUUAUUAAAUUCAAUUUAUUCGUAGAUUAAACAUAUUUUUUCGGACAGCGAGAAGUAAACUUAUAUCUAAAUUUGAAAACAAUAUGGUUAAAUUCAAUACAAUCUUCAGUAUUUUUACUAUUUUCAUUUUUGGGAUGAUCCUGACGUUGAAGAUUGAAGCCACUUCCUUCAAAGAUAAAAAACAGGAUCAUUUCGCCAACAGAAAUAUAAUUAAAAGAGAGACUGUGGAAGAUCUUGAAAGUUGGAAAAAAUUACUUCGAAUUAUCAAAGCUUUGAAACAUUUCGAAAACGAUUUGUUGAAUAGAAACGACCACAAAGAAACAAGACUCGCUGAUAUUAACGAAGUUAUCCAACUGAUGGCAGACUUUAGUGGUACGGAAGGGAUAACUGUUAUUAAACCGAAUUUUGCCAGAAUGUUUCAUUUUAAGUUAUGUCCAUUCGAUCCUACCUUAUUAAAACAAAUACAAUCGAUGAUUAGAGAAUUUGAAUAUUAUUCAGACUUUAUAAAGAGAACGAAAUUUUACGGUAUGGAUGCAGAAGAUUUAGCUAAAAUUGGUCUAGUAAACAAAUAAAAUGUCCGAAAACUAAACUCAUUUUGGAUAACUUCGUUUGUGGAUAUUGCAUUAAAAUUAAAUAUUUAAAUAAAAGUUCUUCAUCGCUCUCGUUACAAACUGUUAGAAAUAAAUCAUAAGAUGCUGACGUCCCAGCUUUAAUUACGAGAAAAUUGUAUAAGAUAUGAAAUAAUAAUGAUUCUAAUAAAAUUCUUGUUCGCAAGAAACUAAAACA